UUAACAGGAGGAAACUCCCUUCUUCAUCCAGAACAUGGCCUUGGACUGGUCUGGCGGGUUGUCCCCCAGGAAAUACCUCUGAGUCAUCCUGUUGGAGCGCUAGAACUUCAGCAGCAUUCAGAGGAUCAGAAGCGAGCACGUUGGCCUGCAAUCUGUUUUCCAGAAGGCCGGUGGCUAAAUCUAGGUUUGCAAGGGUUGAGCAAGCAGGAAAGAGAUGAAACAGCAAGAAUCUGCAGGCCCAGAUCAGGAACGACCAGAAGAUGUUGAAAACCUGAGCUGUGCUGUUCGGCUGGAAUAUAUGGCUGACUGCUUGCAAGGGGCAGAGUCGCAGGAGGGCCAAGGGGGAACCUGCAAGACAAUGCAACAGCAUUGGGAGACCCAGUGGCAGGAGUUCCUGAAGACCCUUCAGCCCAGUCAUCCAGCGGGAGGAAACCGCAUGACGUCAGAGGCCUCCCCCUGGGAAGACCCCAAGGCCUUCUUGGCCUCCUUUGAGCAGGUGGCCGAAGCUUGUAAAUGGUCUAAAGAAGACUGGGCAGCCCGUCUUCUCCCUGCUUUGAGUGGAGAAGCUGAGGAGGCUUUCCAGAGCUUAGAGCCCAAAGAUCAGGAAGACUAUUGGAAAGUGAAGGCCGCCAUCUUGAGAGAGGAGGCCAUCAAGAUGGAGGUGCAACGUCAACACUUCAGACAGUUCUGCUGCCAGGAGGUGGAAGACCCCCGGAGGAUCCAUACCCAACUCCAGGAGCUUUGCCACCAGUGGCUGAGGCCCGAGAGACACACCAAGGAGCAGAUCCUGGAGCUGCUAAUCCUGGAGCAGUUCCUGGCCAGCCUCCCGCCUGACCUCCAGAGCUGGAUCCGGGCAGGAGGAGCAGACACGUGUUCCCAGGCGGUGGCCCUGGUGGAGGACUUCCUGUUGAACCAGCAGGAGGAUGAAACAAGGAAAUGGCAGGAGGUGUACUUAGGUUCCCUUGAUGAGGAGGAAGAACAGGUUUUGGACCCUGGACACGGGCAGAUCUACAAAGAAGGCGAGCCGAGCAGUAGCGGGGAGAUCAGCUUACUAGAGAGUGGAAUUAAAUGCCCAAGUCAUGCUAGUUCAUUACUUUCUCUGGACGGACCAGAAAUGGCUGAAGCUGAACCAAAUGAGGGACCGAUGAGCCUCCAAGAGACAGGUGCCCCUUUGCAGGCAGUGGAGCAGAGUCUGAUCCAGCCAGGUCAACGGACCAUGUUCUGGCAAGUCCUGCAGGAGGAGAACGGCAACGCGGAUUGCUUGGGUGUCAAGAACAGAAACUGGAUCAAAAUGGAAACUUCUUUGUACGGAGGGAAUGAACCAGAGGAGACAUCCGGAACAGUGGCCCAAAUAAACACAGGGAAUGUGUCCAUGGAGGAUGAAAUGCAGGAGGAGAGAUGUGACGGGAGAGGUUGGAUCAAGAUGGAAAAUUCUCAGCUGGGGGAGAUUGUGCUGGAGGAAACACCCAGGACAUUAGCAGACAAUUCACAGUGGACUUUCCCUGCCACCUCUAAUAGUCACAGGCCGAGAUGGGAAUCCCAAGGGAAGCAGGUGAAUAAGAUGUCAACAAACGGGAAGAGCGAAUGGUGCGAACUCUCCGAGGAUCUUACAGCGGUGGUUGAGAAGAACCACACCAAGCAGACAGAAGGGGGGAAGGUUUUGCUGUCGAAGCACGGAAGAAAGUACCCCUAUAAAUCAGGACUUGCUGAGGUGCAAGAGAAGCCCUCCCCGUGUCCCACUUUGGACGAAAAGGCCCCGCAAAAAUGCUGCUCGGAGAAGCACCAGGGGACCCCUACAGCUGGGCCACAAGCCAGCCCCGUGGAGGUGAGGAAAGAUCUCCACCUGGGAGAUGAUGCCACGGGAUGCCCGGAGAAACACCCAGACGAGGGACCUCGCGAGCGCCCAGAGGAUGGGAAGAACAGUAGCAGCAGGAAGGCGGUGAAAAGAGACCAGGGCAUUCAGACGGAAGGGCGGCGCUACCAAUGUGCCCAGUGUGGGAAGUUCUUCCGGCACAGGCAGACGCUGACAAAACACCAGAAGAUCCACACGGGGGAGAAGCUGCAUGAAUGCCUGGCCUGCGGGAAGGGGUUCACGUCGAGGGAGCCUCUGCUGAGGCACCAGCGGAUCCACACGGGGGAGAAGCCCUACGAAUGCUCCCAGUGCGGGAAGUGUUUCCGGCAGAGAGUACACUUGAUGUGCCAUCAGAAAACCCACACGGGGGAGAAACCCUUCAAGUGCCCCGAAUGUGGGAGGAACUUCUCUCGGAGGGAUAAAUUGAUCAGGCACCAGCGAAUCCACCGAGGGCAGAGGCCUUACGUCCACUCCGAGUAUGGGAAGGGUUUUGAUCAGAAGGCCACACUGCUCAAACACCAGAGCCUCUGUGAAGGCCACUGACAGACUUUUGGCUUCGUCCUUUUGCGGCCUAUUUUACUAGAGGUUUGACUCGUAUUUUCCUCCAAGGGCCUGCCGGGGUUAGGUCAGGUUACCACCCAAAAACCAAAAGGAAAGAAAAACAGCUUCAAGUUAUGCGUCUUCAGAGCAGUGUUUCUCGACCUUGGUGACUUGAAGAUAUGUGGACUUCAACUCCCAGAAUUCCCCCAGCCAGCUAUGGCUGGCUGGGGAAUUCUGGGAGUUGAAGUCCACAUAUCUUAAAGUCACCAAGGUCGAGAAACACCACUUUAGAGUAUUGUCUCAGAUGCAACACAGAACUCGCCUUGCACAAUUUUUCAUGAACGGCUCUGUUCUCUGCAUCCUGCUUUUAAAUUAAAGCAGCCUUCCCUGACCAAAACCCCGGACUGCAAAUCCCAUCACCCCCAGCCAGCCUUUCCCACGUUGGAGGUUGGAAUCCAGCCCAUCUGAAGGACCCCAGAUUAGGGAGGGCUGAAGGGAAGAAUAAUAAAAGCCAGCUAAUUCUAUAAAUUACAACAGGGCCUUUCUGCCUCUCCGUGGUAGGAACGAUGGGCUUAAAACCUUGAGCGUUCGCAAGAGAACCCUGUGCAGAAAACGAGGAGAAACCGAUGCAAAAAGGGAAGAAGAUGCACAGGUUUGACAGGGUAGGCCGCCGUUUGAGGCCAAGGGCUAUAUUUUCAAAAGGUAUGCCAAAGCUGGAAAAAUGGGUGGAUGCAGAAUUUAGGAAAAGCAAAGAGGGUUCAGCAAAAACCAACUGUAAACUUGGAAAAUGAACAGUUUCAAUCAGCUGACUUGUAAACCCAUCUGCUAAGUGAUGCUAUUGGAAGUCAAGCAGUGCAUUUGUGUGAAAAGAUUCUUUAAUCCAACGUUUCUCAACCGUGACAACUUUAAGCUAUGUGGACUUCAACUCCCAGAAUUGAAGUCCACAUAGCUUAAAGUUGCCACGGUUGAGAAACAGUGCUCUAAUCCCUGGAUCAAAUAAGCCAUUUUAGUCAUUUAUGUUACACUAUUCUCCUUGUCAUUUUCUUGGCAAUAGGAUAGAAGUGGUUUGCAUUGCCUGGAUGUGGAUUUUAUCUUUUAACUUCCCAGCCUAGCCUACAACUGUAGGAUUUCCUUUUGGUCUUCCAUCCAAGUACUCACCAGGAUUGACCCUGUUUAGAAAACAAGUCUCUAUGGAAGCCAAUAGCAGCUUGGGUCCAGUCUUGCUGUGUAGCAAAUGGGGGGCGGGGGGUGGGACUCAUGGAUGUCCCAUGGUGGGGAAAAGCAGUCUAGGCAUUGGGGAACGUCUUCAAAGUAAGUUCGCUCUGAAUUUCUCCUGGGGAGAGAAGUGGAUCAGACGGCAGAGAGGGUUUGGCUUAAAUAUCCAGACUGGAUGGCAGCAUAUAUGAAGGGUGUUAAAUGGCUUUAUGGCUGAUCAUUUUAAGAUAUGUCAGAGGCUGAAGUCUUGCUAAUAAGCUGUGGCAGCUUAAAGCAGAAAUGCCCAGCUCCCGUCAACUUGAAAAUUGCACCAGUUCUACUGGAAUGGGUGGAGUCAUUUGGGGAGGGAUGCAUUUGAGAGUUUGGAGAGCGAAAUGAGUGCCUUGGACACCAUAAGACUGAAGAUGCAUCCUUUUCCCUUCGAUCCCCUCAAAAUGCAAAA